CACUCAAACAGACGAUGCAAAUGCUGCAAAUGCACUGAGCUGAAAUAUUUCUAUCAACGCAAAAGCCGUUUGUUUUUAUUUUACACUGCACAAAAUGUCUGAUGAUGAGGAAGAUUAUAUGUCUGACGCAUUUCUCUCUAAACUUGAGGACGUGAAACCUGGCGUCACCAUGGUGAGAAGAGUUAAAGAAGCCAUGAAGAAAGAAGUUAAAAUAAAGGAGACAAAUAUUAAAAAUCGACAAAAGUCUUUUAAAGAACAAGAGAAAGAAAGUCGUGAUGCAGCGUUACAGAGCAGCAUCAGCAAUGAAAACAAAGGAUUUGCAUUGCUACAGAAAAUGGGUUACAAAACUGGUCAAGGACUGGGAAAGGAAGGAGCAGGAAGAGUUGAUCCUAUUCCCUUAAAUAUAAAAACUGACAGAGGUGGCCUUGGGAUGGAGGAGAUGAAGAAACGUAAAGCUGAAGAGGAGCUUGAACAUUACAGACAGAAAGUACGAGCUAAACAACAGAACGAGACUAAAUCAAUGGAAGAUUUUAGAUCAAGGGUAAGAACAGAAAGAGAGGAGCGUAAGAUUGAAGCAGAUCUAAGAAGAAGUCAGCGUUCCUGUGAGCAGCUCGACAGUCAAAAAGGCAUCACUGCUCCCAGGGAGGAGUGGUACUGGCCAAAAACAGAUGUUGAAGAAGAGGUGGAUGAAGAAGAUGGUCCUAACCAAGAUGAUGAGGAAGAUGAGGCAGUUGAAUUAACUUCAUUUGAUAAACUGCACAUUUUGACAUCGUACUUAAGAGGGAGACACUUUUACUGCCUCUGGUGUGGGACAACCUACAAUGAUGAAGAGGACCUUUGCUCAAAUUGCCCAGGAGAUACUGCAGCAGACCAUGAAUAAAAACUGAAAAGAAACUUGUUAUUUUGGUAGUAGUGAGUGUACAGUGUAAAUCAAGUUCAUUGUUCAGUUCUGCUCAUUGAGCAUAUUUCUCAAUGUUAUUUAUAAUGUAAGGAUGUUUUUAUGUUUGAUGUAUCAUGUUAAAAGAAUUUUAGCAUAGUCCACAUAAUAUUGUGAAAUGGAAAAAUAAGUUGUUGAUGUUUUGUUUAGGCCCAAAUAGCUUGUUUUAAUCAAAUAAACUAUUCUCUUUUGUACAGAUAUA